AUGUCUCGUUCCGCCCCAGACGUCUACACUCGCUUCACAUCUACAUCUCCUCACGCAUCCUCAAAACCACCUCGAUCAUCGUCUACCACCUCUCCACAGUUCGGCUCCUACAAACCCCCCACACCACAUCAAUCCCAGAAACCUACAAUACCGCCCGGUCCUCUCAAUGAAACCCCGCAAGAAAAAGUCGCCCGCCUACGCGCAGCAUCCAGACUCGCAAAAUCCCAAGCUAGCCUCUCCCCUGUCGACCGCACCAUCGAAUAUGGAAGGAUGCUAGCAGACAAAACACAUCGAAUCGUGGCCUAUGGCCUGAUCGGUUUCUCAGGCAUCGCAGCCCUAAUAUCCGUCUACGCAAUGACUGACCUAGUCCUCCACCACCGCCGUCAAAAGCGUGCCUGGAUCGACCGCGAGCUCCAGCGUCUGCAAGACGCUCAACAAGCAUUUCUCCGUGGUGACGCAACGCCCGAGCAAUUGCAUCUACUGCAGCAGGAGAGGGCGGGCGAUGAGAUCGUAGAGAAGGCUAAGCGGGAGAAGGAGAGGAAGAAGCGGGAGAGCUGGUGGGGAAAGGGCAAAGCUCUGAUAGGGCUCGGACCGAAGGAGGGAUUGAAUCCAGAGGAGGAGGCAAGAUAUGGGAGGGUGCAGAGUAGAGCGGAGAUGGAGGUAUUGCCCACAGAAAGGCUACUGGAGGAGGAGCGAUGGGUGGGAGACAAGAAUGAUGGGAAGAGCGUCACCGAGGCCGUGAGGGACAUGGUCGAGGAUCGGAGGAGAACGGGCGAAAAGCAGGUCGAUCAUUUGCCCGGCACGCAAGGGGGGGCCCUUGACGUACUGGCCAGCAAUGUCACCAAUUCCGUCAGGACGGAGACUGGUGCUGGAAAGGUCAGCUGGUUCGGCUGGGGUAAAGGAAGGGACCAGUCGUGA